AAUCAAUGCAUUAUAAUAAAAUUAUCAGUUGACACAACGCAAUAUUAAAUGUUCUGUACAGUGUUGCAAAAUUCAUACCGAUUCGAGCCGUACAACAGCAACAACAAGUACCACAGAGUACUUUUUAAAAGCGUAUUUGGAACGGCGUGCGUGCCAAUACUACGUAGAAGUGACGUCAGAUGGCAGAUAGCUACGCUUACGACCCCGUGGGCAGCGGCGCGCCAGUCAACCAACAAGCGUACAGAAUGGAGGAGGGACAACUUUGGAGGCAAUAUGUCAUCGCCGGCGUCGCGAACAUACUCAUCGCAAGUCUGGGCUACAACAUGGGAUGGACGGCACCUAUCAACUCUAAGCUUAACAGGACUGACGAAUCACCCUUGGAAACCAUACCCACUCCUGAUGACUUGGCUUGGAUGGGAUCAAUUCUCACCAUUGGUGCUAUUUUUGGACCAUUUGUCGGAGGUUUCGCAGCAUCAAAAAUCGGUAGGAAAUGGGGUUUGAUUUCCGCUACCAUCCCUCUAUUUAUCGGUUGGAUCCUGGUGGCGGUGGCUAAGACUAUGGCGUACUUAUUCGCUGGUCGUAUAUUCUGGGGCGUGUCUGUCGGCAUGGUCUUCACUAUAUCGCCAAUGUACUGUGCUGAAAUUGCUACGGAUGAUAGUCGUGGUGCACUCGGGUCUUUCCUCCAAGCCUUCAUCACUCUGGGUUUCUUGUUGGUCUAUGGCAUUGGACCAUAUAUAUCGUAUAUGGCAGUUGCCUAUGUAGGUGUAGCUGUAGUUGCACUCUUCUGUGUUCUCUUCUUCUUCAUGCCGGAAUCUCCAACUUAUUACUUGCUAAAGAAUGACAGAGACGCAGCAGCAGAAUGUCUCGCGACGAUCCGGGGCCGCUCCCUCGCGGGUGUUGAAGCUGAGCUCAGCAAAAUGGAGGUGGAAGUGAAGGCUUCCUUGGAGAAGACAGCCACGCUUGCUGAUGUCUUCCGCGGCAGUAACUUCAAAGCGUUCUACAUCUCGUGUGCGCUGGUCUUCUUCCAGCAGUUCUGUGGUAUCAACGCUGUUCUCUUCUACAUGACUGACAUCUUCGAUGCAUCUGGAACUUCUCUGGAGUCUUCCGUCGCAACCAUCAUUAUUGGGGCUGUACAGGUGGUUGCUUCAUUCAUCACACCGCUGGUCGUAGAUAGACUAGGUAGACGGAUUCUUCUCCUCAUCUCCUCAUGUGGAACUGCUAUUGGAGCUGGUUUGCUCGGCAUGUUCUUCCUUCUACAAGAGAACGACAGUCCAGUAGUGGAAACUAUCAGUUUCCUGCCUAUUUUGUCCCUUGUGGUCUUCAUUGUUACCUAUUGCUGGGGUUUGGGACCAUUACCUUGGGCUGUGAUGAGUGAACUGUUCCCCAUCGAAGUAAAGGCUGCAGCGUCACCUAUUGCCACUGCUUUCUGUUGGGUGAUGUCUUUCUUGGUUACCAGGUACUUCCCAACCAUAUCGUCAUCCCUCGGGAUGUUUGUUGGUUUCUGGAUCUUCGGCGUGUGUAGUGUCUUUGCCUUCUUCUUUACAUUGUUCGUUGUGCCUGAGACCAAGGGCAAGAGCUUCCAGGAGAUACAGGAGAUGUUGGGAGCUGGAAAACAAAGACAAGAAAAGGCAUAAUGUACAUGCACAACUUAGUCCAAGAUAUAUUUUAAUCCUUUUUAGAUUAAUUAUGUUUUGUGAGAUUAUGUUAUGAUUGGGACCAAGCUUUUUGGCCGGAGGCUACGAAUAGGAUUAUAUGUGUCCAUACUCCAUUGGGGAUUGGGACAUUAGUUAGAAUAGUUCGAUAAACGGGCUUAAAUAAAGUAAGAAUAUAUAAACAUAUUUGUUAGUAUUAUAGUUAUCUAUUAAGACGUUCUUAUCGUAAUUAUAGUACAUUGUUAAAUUUGAAUUUUUAAAUAAACUAAUAAUAUUUAAUUGUUUUAGUUUAUUUAUUAAGCGAUUCUUUAACGCAACCGAUCCUAUAUAUUUAUUUAUAUUUACUAUAUACUAAUAUUUUGAAUAGGAAAUGUGUUUUUGUUUGUAAUUAGAUUGUUGGAAAAAUUCUAUUUCCAAAAUAUUAAAAAAAUUGUCCUGAAACCGGAAUAUAUAAUAUAAUGUUUGUGUUUAUUUUAUAAGAAUUAAAUUCACAUAGAUUUAGAAUUUAUUCCAGUGCCUUUUAUAUUUAGAUUAUUAAACGCACUUACGAAUUAUUAAACGAAUUUAUGAUGUACCAAAGUACAAACAUAGGAUAAACCGUGAAACUGAUUAAAAUAUGUCAUGUUAUCAAAGGCUUUAUUUCAAAGGUAAUUGACGUCAGUUUGUCUAAUAAUAAUAAGAGCUCUUAAAUUAGAAAGAUAUCAUUCUAGUGUAAUCUUUCCUAUCUUUUAUUUGUUAAAUAAAAGUUGUCAAAUAAUUUCAAUGAAUUUGUUAGAAAUUGUUAACGCAAUAAUCAAGAAGAUUCUUGAUGAACACAAACCAGUUUUAUUUGUUGUUGUGAGAAAUGUACUUGUCAAUAUGCUAGCUUUUGUAAACAUUUUAUAUUAAAUGUACGUAAUGGCUGUGUUUUGUGAUACUUGUUGAAAUAAAUGUUAGAUAUUA